AUGGCUCUUGGAAUUGAUCUGCAUCGGAUUGACGAUGGUUUCAUGCAAUACGCACUCUUCUCCCCCCAAUUACGUUGUCUCAGGUCACCAGAUUCACAGAAAUGCUGGUCGUUCCUGUGGCAGAUAGGUCAAACGCCAAGGCAAGGGGAAGAAAGCACAUGGCCUGCUUCUGUUGUGUUGCAGUCCCAUGGCAAAGUCGAGGUUGACGACCUGAAGCGCUAG